AUGCUGGGCUGUGCAGAGAUUUAUGAGAAGGGGAUUUUGUCGGACUGUCCGUCAGGUUGGCUCGAUGAAAUUAGUAUGUAUACAAAAUGCGGUCUUUCAUUUUUUCCCGCAACAAAACUAAAGAAAUCUUGUUGCUGGUUGCAAAAUCAUCUUCUAGCGCUGCUAAGAAGUUGUUUCAAAUUUAAAGUCUUUAAAGCUUCAAGUGAUGGUUUCACUAGCUAUAAUUAUGAUGAUGGUUUCAUCUGCAUCUGCUGUAAUGCUUUCACAGCGCCAUUUUCAAAAUUUUAUUUUUACAGGAACUUAGUUUCAUUUUUAAAAUUUUCUUUUCACAGGAAUUUAGUAUCAUCUCAGUUUUCAGUUAAAGAGAGAAUUUGGAAUUUAAGUGUGUUCAUAGGUAGCAUUCCUGAUGAUUUGAUCCUAAAACUGCCUCAUAAAUUGAAGAAUAUUAAUUUUCGCAAAGGUAAACAAUCAUUUUGUCCAUAUGGACUCACAUAUGAGUGCAUCAAAAAUGACCUUUCUAUGUCACAUAUCAAGGGGCGCUCAAUAAUUGACGUCUCGUAUUUCAAAAAUUUCAGGAGCAACAACAAUGACCUCUCAAAUUUAAAUAAACAAAAAUGGGAGAGUAUCAUAAAUGACGUCUUUAAUUUACAAAAAUUUGAGUAUAUCAUAAAUUACGUCUCAAAUGUACGGAAAUUUUACGUCCCAAAUUUACGAAAACUUCAAGAACAAUCUAUUCAAAAGGACUUUCAUUCUCUAUCUGUUUCAUUGAAAUUUUAUUUCCACAUAAAACAACACUCAUUUAAUCAUAGAAAAUUUCGCUCAUAUUCUACAGUUGAACGCCGUGCACUGGUUAGUGCACUCCCUACUCUGAUGAUGAUGAUGAACUUUAUUUGCAAGUUGCUUAUUUCUAUUUUAUUAAAAUGCUAA